AUGAAGUCGGUUGUGUUCUUGUUGAUCGCGCUAGUCGUGGCAUCCAAUCAGACGCUCAACUACGAGGAUGUGCUUGCUGCCGAGUUUGAAUUCUUCAAGAUGGACUAUGAGAAGAGCUACGAGAACAGCUACGAAGAGAAGCUGCGCAGCCAGAUCUUUAAGCGCAACAAAGAAACCAUCGACGAGCACAACGCACGCUAUGCCAGAGGCGAGGAGACUUACAUGAUGGGCAUCAACCAAUUCUCAGAUAUGCUGGCAGAGGAGUUCCAGGAAAUGAUGCUGUCAAAUGUGAACACCUCUGAAUUUGCCUCCAGCAUUGACUUCAUCUAUGCGCCUCAUAACAUUGACAUACCCCACGAGAUAGACUGGCGUGCAAAGGGCGCUGUUACCGCAGUGAAAAAUCAGGGUGAAUGCAGAUCCUGUUGGGCGUUCUCUGCUACAGGUGCUCUGGAGGGGCAGCACUUUAUAAGGACAAAGCAAUUGAUACCGCUAUCCGAACAAAAUUUAAUGGACUGCUCCGCGCGGUAUCAAAAUUAUGGCUGCCGCGGCGGCUGGCCGUCACAUGCUUUAAAAUAUGUGGAGGAUAAUAGAGGCUUGGACAAUGAUCAGGCAUAUCCAUAUGAGGGCCACGUUGGAGAAUGUCGUUUCCGUCGUUCAAGCAUUGGAGCCACAGUCUCACGAGUGGCACAAGUGCGACGCGAUGAAAAUGCAUUGGCCCAAGUUGUCGCAGAAAAGGGUCCUGUUUCGGUAGCAGUCGAUGCAAGGAGAUUACAGCAUUAUCGGAGCGGCGUCUUCAACGAUCCGAUCUGUGGCGAUCCCGUGAAUCAUGCCAUGCUGGCAGUUGGUUACGGCCACGACCAGCGUGGCGGCGACUUUUGGCUGCUCAAGAACUCCUGGGGUCGCUGGGGAGAAGAGGGCUACAUGCGCUUGGCCCGCAACCACGGCAAUAUGUGUCAGGUGGCCAGCUAUGCCAUUCUGCCCAUUCUGAAGAUGAAGUCGAUUGUUUUCUUGGUAGUCGUCCUAGCCGUGGCAUACUGUAAGGCACUCAACUACGAUGUGCUUGCUGUCGAGUUUGAGUCCUUCAAGGUGGACUAUGAGAGGAGCUACGAGAACAGCUACGAAGAGAAGCUGCGCAGCCAGAUCUUUAAGCGCAACAAAGAAACCAUCGACGAGCACAACGCACGCUAUGCCAGAGGCGAGGAGACCUACAUGAUGGGCAUCAACCAAUUCUCAGAUAUGCUGGCAGAGGAGUUCCAGGAAAUAAUGCUGUCAAAUAUGAACACCUCUGAUUUUGCCUCCAGCAUUGACUUCAUCUAUGCGCCUCAUAACAUUGACAUACCCCACGAGAUAGACUGGCGUGCAAAGGGCGCUGUUACCGCAGUGAAGAAUCAAGGGAAAUGCGGCUCUUGUUGGGCAUUUUCCGCUGCGGGCACUCUGGAGGGUCAGCACUUUCUAAAGAGCAAGCAAUUGAUUCCGCUAUCCGAACAAAAUUUAAUGGACUGCUCCGCGCGGUAUCAAAAUUAUGGCUGCCGCGGCGGCUGGCCGUCACGUGCUUUAAAAUAUGUGGAGGAUAAUAGAGGCGUGGACAAUGAACAGGCAUAUCCGUAUGAGGGCUACGUUGGAAACUGUCGUUUCCGUCGCUCAAGCAUUGGAGCCACAGUCUCACGAGUGGCACAAGUGCGACGCGAUGAAAAUGUAUUGGCUCAAGUUGUCGCAGAAAAGGGUCCUGUUUCGGUAGCAGUCGAUGCAAGCAGAUUCCAGCAUUAUCGGGGCGGCAUCUUCAACGACCCUUCCUGUGGCCAACAUGUUAAUCAUGCCAUGCUGGCCGUUGGUUACGGCCAGGACUUUUGGCUAAUCAAGAACUCCUGGGGUGGCUGGGGAGAGGAGGGCUACAUGCGCUUGGCCCGCAACCACGGCAAUAUGUGUCAGGUGGCCAGCUAUGCCGUUCUGCCAAUUGUGUAA